AUGGCUUCUGGUGAAUCUCCAGUCAUUGAUUUUGACGUUCUAAUGCCGUCGUCGGGACGAAGAAUGGAUUCCAUUGGCGAAUCUACGCUUUCCCCAUCGAUAAAUCUCACUACUGAGGAUCUUCAAGGGAUGAAAUCGUCCUCUCCAUCUCCAUUGAAUCCUCCAAAGCUCACUGAACUUCCCUCCUCUACUCUGUCUCCAGACCCGCGGUGGCCCUUACUGAACCGUUGGUCGACCAAACCAUCUCCACCAUUAGCAGUAACUGAACAGCAUUCUGCUAAAGGUGCAUCAAACUCCGGUGAUUCCUCCCCAAAGACUGUCGUUCCUGACACAGCUCCUCCGAUCUCAUCGGUGCCUCUUAUUACCACCAUUAAACCUGUCAUUUCUAAAGGUGCUUGGGAUAAGCCUCUGGUGAUGCACUCUGCUCACUUUCAUCAAACUACAGAACCACUACAAGUGCCUCUUUCUUCCCAUUCCCAAUGGCCAGCCUUAUCAGAUAGGAACAAAGGAACAAGCAAGAAUCGUCUGCAUACCGAGAGUUUCAAGAAAAGUGCAAGGGAUUCAAGUGAAUCGGAAGCUGAAUUAGCAUUACUGAAGGCACACUCCAAAGACUACCCUUGGGCAGCAAAGAUGAAUCCAUCUACGAGAAACCUUCAUAGAGUCACCAUUCCAGAAUACAUGGAUGAUGGGACCCCAAAGGUGAGAAUCCCUAGUCAUGUUCUUCUCGGUGGUGUUGAGAAUCAAAAGGAAUAUGUGGUAGGUCAAUUCUCUCGAUGUUCUGCUCCGUCAAGAGGUCAAAUUCAGGCGAUUGUAUCUAUGAUUUGGGGUAGAAAGUGUCAAAUUUUCAUCCGUAAGCUAGGAGAAUCAACAUAUCUAUUCCAUAUUCCUCAUGAAUCAACUCGCAAUUGGGUCAUACAGAGAGGUUUGUGGCAUAUUGAUGACUGCUUGAUGUUUGUGUCUCCCUGGUCUCCAACAGAAACUAUUUCUAUACCGGAAAUCACUACUAUUCCGGUAUUGGGGAACCGAUGCUGA